AUCUAGCGUGCUGGCAUUUUUACUAUUCAGCAUAGGAUGGUGUAAGUAAAAGUUGGGAUUCAACCCUUAUAUUAUGUUUAAGUCUCCAACAAGAUGAAGAACACCGAAUCCUAUCAAAACCUGAUAGGCAGCCAGGAGAACCUUAGCGUAAGUGACUCUCCUGUGGGCGAUGAGAUUAUAGAUAGACCGCUGUCAACUAUAGAAAAGACAUUUCUUCUCCAUGCAGACAGAGGAGACUGUGCUACAGUCCAGAAGAUAAUUGAUGAAUACAGAAGUCAACCUGAAGAGUUCGACAUCAACUGUGUAGACCCACUUAACAGGUCUGCCUUGAUUGCUGCUAUUGAAAACGAGAACAUAGAAUUGAUAAAAUUGUUAUUGAAAGAAAAUAUAGAAGUAAAAGACGGGGUAUUGCAUGCAAUUAAAGAGGAAUAUGUGGAAGCCGUAGAACUGCUUCUUAACCAUGAGGAAGAAUUUCAUAAACCUGGUCAACCAUACAGUUGGGAACGAGUUGACAGAUCAGCUGCCACAUUUACAGCUGAUAUAACACCAUUAAUUCUUGCAGCACACAAGAAUAAUUAUGAGAUUAUCAAGUUGCUUUUGGACAGAGGAGCUACGUUGCCCAUGCCUCACGAUGUGAGAUGUGGUUGUGACGAAUGCGUAUCCUCGAGCAAAACAGACUCUUUGAGACAUUCCCAAGCGAGAAUAAAUGCUUACAGAGCUUUAUCGUCGCCAUCUUUGAUAUCUUUGUCAUCAAAUGAUCCAAUACUGACUGCUUUCGAACUGUCUUGGGAUCUAAGGCGACUCAGCAGGAUGGAAACUGAAUUCAAAACCGAAUAUACCGCAAUGAGGGAGCAAGUCCAAAACUUCGCGACUUCUCUAGUAGAACACGCUAGGACAUCAAAUGAACUAGAAAUCAUGUUGAACUAUGACCCAGAAGGUGAAACUUGGGUCACUGGUGAAAGACAAACUUUGGAAAGGCUUAAGCUUGCUAUAAAGUACAAACAAAAAGCGUUCAUAGCGCAUCCAAAUGUCCAACAACUAUUGGCUUCAAUCUGGUACGAGGGAUUGCCAGGUUUUCGAAGGAAAAACAUGAUCGGACAAGGUAUGCAAGUGGCCAAACUGGGAAUCAUGUUUCCAGUUUAUUGCACCGUUUACAUGAUGUCACCGACUUCGCCAAUGGGAGAAUUCAUGAAGAAACCGUUUGUUAAGUUCAUUUGUCAUUCGUCUUCUUACGCCUUCUUCCUAAUGCUGUUGGGCGCAGCAUCACAAAGAAUCGAAAUCUUAGCCUUAGAAUGGUUCGGUACGGAUUGGGUACAAGACAUGGUCAAGGAGUGGAAAAGAAAAGAACGAGGAGCUCUGUUCGGUAUUGCUGAGUGUGGUGUUAUUUUGUACGUCAUAAGUUUAAUUUGGGGCGAAUUGAGAUCACUUUGGUGUGACGGACUGGAGGAAUACAUCUCCGAUCUUUGGAAUAUCGUGGACCUUAUUACAAAUAUGUUUUAUGUCCUUUGGCUGACAUUGCGUAUGGUUUCCUUCUACGUUUGUUGGAGAGACGAAAGAGCAGGAAAACGCACUUGGUAUCCAAGAGAGGAGUGGGAUAGUUUUGAACCAAUGUUAUUGUCAGAAGGAGCUUUUGCAGCAGGAAUGAUUUUCAGCUUUUUGAAACUGGUACACAUCUUCAGCGUAAAUCCUCAUUUGGGCCCAUUGCAAAUAUCUCUAGGGCGAAUGAUCAUCGAUAUAGUAAAAUUCUUCUUCAUAUACACGUUAGUUCUGUUUGCUUUCGGCUGCGGUCUGAAUCAGUUGCUUUGGUAUUAUGCCGAAUUAGAGAAAAACAAGUGUUACCAUCUACCUAGUGGAUUACCUGAUUUUGAUAAUAAUGAUAAAGCUUGUGGUAUAUGGAGAAGAUAUGCAAAUUUAUUCGAAACAUCUCAGUCCCUAUUUUGGGCUAGCUUUGGAUUGGUGGAUCUAAUGUGCUUUGAACUUACUGGCAUAAAAGGUUUUACCAGAUUUUGGGCACUGCUAAUGUUUGGAUCGUAUUCAGUUAUAAACAUUAUCGUGCUACUCAAUAUGUUGAUCGCCAUGAUGUCCAACUCGUAUCAGAUUAUUUCUGAACGCUCUGAUACGGAAUGGAAAUUUGCGAGGAGUCGCUUGUGGGUGAAUUAUUUCGAUGAAGGAGAUACGCUUCCGCCGCCCUUUAACAUCGUCCCGACGCCGAAAUUCAUGUUAAAGCCGUGCAGGAAGAAUAUCAAGGGGACCAGGAGUUUUAAGGUAAAAUCAAGAGAGAAAGCGAGGGAAAGAUACGAGCACGUAAUGAAAUUACUAGUAAGAAGAUACGUUACGGCCGAACAAAGGAAGAGGGACGACUUCGGCAUAACGGAAGACGACGUUAUGGAAAUCCGUCAGGAUAUUUCCAGCCUACGUUUCGAACUCAUUGAUAUUCUGCGGAAAAACGGAAUGAAGGCCCCGGAAAUUAGCUUCCAGGACGUACAAGUUACGGGCAAGAAAGCCAAAGUGAUGGAGAGACGUCUAGCCAAGGACUUCCACAUAGGCAUAGUGGAGACCCUGGUUAGCGAACUGACCGAGAAACCUACUGAUUCGAAGAGCAUCUUCGGACAGAUUGCGAAGGUGAUAGGGAAGAGGACGACCUUGAAGAAAAAUAAGAAGGACUGGAAUGCCCUCGUCAGGAAGAACACGGUCGCUACCAAUCCCAUUGGCAGUGCCCAGGAGUUUGAAAAUCAGCAGGUUAAGAGGCAGAGUUUGAGAAGGCACAUUUUGAGUAAUGUGAAGCAACCGAAUAAAUUGGAUGAUGAGAAACUAGUCGAAUAUAAUCCGAACCUCUCCGAGAUUCCGAGGACUGCCAGGGUGGCUUACGCCAAAUUCAUGACCAAGAAAAUUGAGGGCGAGUACACCAGCGGAGCUAAGGAAAGGAAACAAUCGGGGGUAUCAUUUCACGAUUCGUACUUAGACCACGAUGCCAUAGUCCACACUUUACUCUGUCAAUAUGAAUGAACAACUGAAUCAACAGACGGGCUGCUGGCGGCUAUUAUGCACUGAUGGAGAUGUCUUAACAUGCAGUGACAUGCAGCCUUGUGGGUCCGUUUGUUAAGUCAUAUUGCAAAACUGAAAGCACGAUUGACGAGAAUAAACAACGGAGGUCGUCUCGAGACAGCAAGAAGUCGGUCAAGUCUGAGAAACAAACGGAAGGUCAGUCAGGUGCAGGCGAAGAGAUUCCCAGAACCGCGUUAUCUCCUCUCCCAGAAGUCAGUACUCCAGUGGGCUCUCGUUCAGCUACUCCUGAACCCAAUCAACAGCCACUACCGCCACCAGACCAACCUUCCGCCACCCAAACAAAAGAAGUAACAGAAAAGUCGGCGGCUCCACAAUCCGCAGGUGUCGAGGAGGAGAAACCCAAGGAGGAACUGAAGACACAGUCAUCCGAGAUCGAUUCGAAACCUCCAGACAAUGGCAGCGAUUCCGAGAAAAAAACAUCGCCUCCUGUAAUGACCGUAACACAAACAGAUGAAGACGAAAACAUGGGGGGAUCGGGGGGUGGUUCGGGGGAUGGGAAGACCGAUGACGGACGUAAGGGUGCGGAUAAUGAUGAUAAAAAUAAACUGACGCCGAAGCCAACAGAGACACCGUCGACGUCGCAACCGACACCAUCGGCAGCUCCUAGACCGUCGCCCAGGCCUGCUAACAGAUAUAGGAAGAAUUUGGAUUGGCUGUAAAUGACUACACAGUCCAUCUAAAUGAAAAAAAAAUGGUGCAGGAAAAGUUACAACAGAUUUAUAUAUUUUUCCAUAGCAGCUGUAGUUUCCUUUAUUUAAUAGUUCAAAACGUGCAAAUUAUGCCAUUUUCGACCCCGAAAAACAAUAUGAAAAAAUAAAAAUUUCAAUGCUGGCAAAGCUCCCAAAUAUCCUGCUAAUACCCAUUAACAAAACCCUAAAGCAUCUUAGGUAGUGCUAUUAUUGUAAAUAUUUGCUCACUAACUGUUUAUAAUAAGUUGACUUUUCAAUGAUGUUCAUUAAAUGGUGAAUGAGCUUACAUAUUAAAGUAUAAGCAUCCUACUUUAAGGUGUAAACUCAUCCACCAUUUAAUGAACAGCAUUGACGUAAUAAGUCAAUUAAGAGCAAUUAAAAAACAGGUUUACCUUGGCAACAUUGCAGUUUUCAUUUCUCCAUAUGGUUUGACGGGGUCGUGGAUGGCACACUUUGCACUUUCUCAAAUAUUAAGUCGCUUAUACCUUGAAAACUAGAGCAGCUGCGAAAAACAGAAAGGUAAUUUUGAAAUCAGCACAUCAAAAAUACUCCAGUUGAGUCCUUACUUCCUUCGUACAUGAUGUAGGUUACGUAUAAUGUCAUGCUAUAAAGGAUCAGUAGAAAAUUAUUAACCUGUGUCUGAGAGAGAGAUAGGGACACAAAUACACUCUAAUAUACGCAUCUUUCUCUCUCUAUCUCUCUCGUACAGAUCAAGUUCGGGACCUCAGUGAUUCUCUGCCGAUCCUGUAUGUGCCCUGUGAUUCAUCUUAUUACGCUUAAUAAAAGUAUAGAUUCACUAUAUCUUAGACAUUUGAUUAAAUCAAAAUGAUGUAUUUUAAAAGUAAGAGG